AUGGAUGAUUUGAAGGCCCAGCUAGAUGCUCAAGGCCGAGAGACCAAGAAGUUCAGACUUCUCUUGCAAGAAAAAGAGGAUCAACUAAGCCGGGUCAUCGCUCCUCCGAAUCUUCAAUCUGAGCUUGAGACAGCAAAAAGAGAGAAUCUUCUUCUAAAGGCUGAACUCGACGACGUAGUCGAAAAGAACAAAAUCCUGAACGAAGAUAACAAAAACCUCAGCCGAGAGAAUGCUAAUUUUGUUACCAAACUUGGUGAGUUUGAAGCUACUAUUGCCCAACUAAGGGAAGGGCUCGAUUUUGUCAAGGUCGAUACUGAAAAAAGAGAAGAGAAGAUCAGGCAGCUCGAGGCUGAGAGAGCCAGUGAUAAGGAGAAGUUGAGGGUAAUCGAAGAGAAGGCCGAGACACGUGCUCGGAUCAGUGAUGAUCUUAAGGGUCAGCUCGAGGACGCUAUUCUAGCCAACAAUGCUCUUCAGACCGAACCGGCAUCUGUCAACGAGGUUCGGAUCACUCUAAUUGACAUGAAGUCCGAGUUAGAGGAGAAACUGAAGAACGCUCAAGCUGACCUGGUGGAAACUUGUAAAGAUGUAGAGGUUGCCGAGGCUCGCUCUACCAUUUUAGUUGAACAUGAGCAGUGGAAGUCCCCGAGGGUUAUACUCGAGCAGGUUGAACGGGGUAUGGAAGAUAUCCCAGCUCGCAUACUCGAUGCGAGGAUGAUCGAGGAUAAGGCUAAGACAACUCUCGAGGAUAGCUCAGAAGAUGAUUCCGAAGAGACCAUUUCUGAGAACUCAGGUUCUUCUCAUACCGAGUAA